AUGGGAUGGGGAAGCAGGAAACAGCAACACGGGACGCCGUCACGCGCAUCGGAGCAAGGAGGCGAGCGCAAGGGCGGUGGCAAGAGCAAGGCCUUCUCCUUCUCCUUCUCGCCGCUCUCGUGGCUCGCUAAGAUAGCCGCCAAGCCCAAGCGCACGCCCGCGUCCACGCACGAGGGCCGCGGACCCGGUGCGAGUGCCGCUGCCGCCGCCCCGCCGUUCAAGUCGGCCCUUCCCGAGCGCGCCAGCCCGGCUAAGGUGGCGAUCGCGCCGGCGGGCCGGCUCAGCUCGCCCUCGCCGCGUCGCUCGCCUGCUGUUCUGCGGCGGCUGUUUGUUGGCAACGACAACGCGGAGGCCGUGGCCGCGCGCGUGCGCCAUCGCCCUGCCGCCGCCGUCGUCGCCACCGAAGAAGUCGUACCAAGGCGGCUCUCUGUUGGCAACGACAGCGCCGACGCCGUCGCCCCGCGCCGGCACUGCAGACCCCGGCGCCACUGCUCCGUCGGCGGUGACCGUGACCUCCAGGCGCCGCUCGGCAAACACAUCCCCUUCUCCCUCGCCGGCUCCCCAGCGCAGCCACGGCCUCCUCCACAGGCGGCAGCAGCUGCGGCACCGUCGGACACGGACGGCGGCGGCGCUCGGCUGAGGCGUCGGCACCGUGGCCGCCGGCACCGCCGCAGCGUCAGCGGCGGCCGGAGAUCGUCGUUCUCCGGAAAGGUGACGCUGCGGGUGAAGGUGCGGUCGCCGCGGCGGUCAGCGCCGGAGCUGGAGAGCCUCGCCGUGGUGCGGCGGACGCGGGACCCGCAGAGGGCGUUCCGGGAGUCGAUGUCCGAGAUGAUCGCGAGCAGCGGAGGGACCGACGCCCGGCCGGAGGAGCUGGAGCGGCUGCUGGCGUGCUACCUCGCCCUCAACGCCGACGAGCACCACGACUGCAUCGUCAAGGUCUUCUGCCAGGUCUGGUUCGAUCACGUCAACCUGCCGCCGCCUCGACGGGGCAGGGACCGGGAGGAACACCCCGGACGGCACGCGAGGCCGUAA